AUGAUCUCCCCGCCUGCCCCUGUCACCUCCCCAGCAGGUGCAGCCAAUUCGAGUCUCGACCGAACGCCCUCCACUCGCCGCCGAGGACUGUCAUAUCUGCGUGUCUUGUCUCAUAGUCGUUCAGGAAACACCAGUCCUAACGAACCAUCCCGUUCUCCCAGACAUUACUUCCAGAGAUCUCUCAGUUACAACAACGACCAACGACCCAGUCCGCCGCCCGCUCCUGCCGUAAAUCUUACUUCUACCGGGAGACGAAGAAGUCACUCCCGACCUAACGAACCCACCAGUCCUCUUGCCUUUCCCUCCGACUCUGCCGCACCUGGCCCUUCUUCACCUCCACUACCAGCAGGUCGAACAUCAGAUCCUACCCUGACGACGAGCUCCAGUGAUCAUAACGAACACGAAGACAUGGCUCGACAUCGAACUUCUACCUUCCGGAGAAACACCACCAGUCACCAGCAGGUAGCUGCUGGGGACACCAACAGUGAGGGAGCAUCCCGACCGUCGGCUCAGCGUUCUCAGUCUGCAAGAAAUACAAACGCCUCGAGCACCAAGGAUGCCGACGAGCCCAAAACGUCCCUGCCUACCAUUCGUUUUCACCCCCACCAAGAGAUAAGGAAUGGGAGACCCUCAUUGACGUUCUCUCCUGUCUCGCGCACAUUACCGAGUGAGGUUUCCAUCAUACGAGUCGGUCGCUACUCGGAACGUGAGGGUGUCCCCAGCGCCAAUCCCACCGCACCUUCCGAUGCCCCUGUUGGUUUCAAGUCCAAGGUCGUCAGUCGCAAACAUUGUGAGUUUUGCUUUGUCGAUGGCCAGUGGCAGAUCAAGGAUGUCGCCAGUUCUUCCGGUACAUUUCUCAAUCAUAUCAGGCUGAGCCAACCUAAUACCGAGUCUCGGCUUUUCCCUAUCAAGGAUGGUGACAUCGUCCAGCUUGGAAUUGAUUUCCGCGGUGGUGAGGAGAUGAUCUUUCGAUGUGUCAAGAUCAGAAUCGAGUGCAAUCGUGCAUGGCAGAAGAAACCAAACAACUUCAAUAAAACCCGUCACCAGCAGUUACAGAGUCUUGCCAAAGACCAGCCAUCGGCUGAUGCGAAUAGUGGGGAAUGUUCAAUCUGCUUAGGAUCUGUUCUGCCCUGUCAAGCACUGUUUGUUGCCCCUUGUGCACAUGUCUGGCAUUAUAAAUGUAUUCGACCUCUUCUAGAAGGCAAGAACAGCACUUACCCGCAAUUUCAAUGUCCAAAUUGUCGUGCGUAUUCCGACCUCGCAGCUGAUGUCGAUCUUGCUCAAUCCGAUCUUGACGAGUGGAUGGAAGGCACAGAGGACAGCCCAGCUGCAGAAGCCGAGACCAAUAACGCCGCCAACACCGAUUCCUUGACUGCCAAUGGUGCACUGACAAAUGGGCAUAUUACCGGACAGUCUGAUACCAAUGUGCAUCAGCCGCAACGACCAUUUGCGACCACACCUUUUCCACACCUACCUGCACCAGUGACCCCACAGGUCACCGCUCCGAAAGAGACCAGCGACCCUGCGGCUUCUCUACGAGGUGGCGGCUUACUUGCCCGAAGACAGGCUUCGAAUGCUACUUCUCCAGAAGUACGGUCUAUGAAUGGGAACAUAGACAUGCCCGAUCAGCCUGAUGAGGAUGACAUGCAUGCGCAUCUAGAGAACCAACGAACACGAACCCAAACCCCGGAUAUUGAGCAAGCAGCUGCCUCCGGCGAAGGUCCACUCACUCCAAGAAAUAAUGCCGGUCCUUUCGUCUUUGAUGGAAGUGCGGGCAGAUCUGAUGCAAUGCAACUACAGGUUCCUGGAAUUCCGGAGGUUACUGGAGGUAAUGAACGUUCUCAAUCAUGA